AUGAUCAAAAGGAUCAAAAUCCAAGGGCAAGGGAGUGGGCCCACUUUUCGUCAAAGCCUUGGUUUCCCAGACGCCCGGGCUAAGCCGUUGCUAUGCCAACACCCCAAUUUGUUGAUGAGAACGGGUCUCGCAUAG